AUGAAAGCGGCCGCCAAUUCCUCUCAAAUAUGUCCCAUCGCUCGCUUUCCCCUAUCUCUCAACCCCUCUCCCACCGAACGCAGGGGCCUCAUGCCGCUGACGCUGGACGGCCAGAUCACGAUGGAGAAAACGCCCAGCUAUUUCAUCACGAAGGAGGCCCCCGAGCGAAUCCGCGCGAUGGAUGGCGGGCGCACGCGACUCAUCGUGGUGGUGCGCGACCCCGUGACCCGCGCCAUCUCCGACUACACCCAGACGCUCUCCAAGCGCCCGCUGGGCACCGCCUCCUUCGAGGCGCUCGCCUUCCGGAACCGCUCGUCGGGACUCGUCGAACCGCAGUGGAGCGCCCUGCGCAUCGGGCUCUACGCGGACCACCUGGCGAGGUGGCUCAGGGCUUUCCCUCGCGAGCGGAUGCUGUUCGUGAGCGGGGAGAGGCUCGUGUCGGACCCGGCGGGCGAGGUCGGGCGCGCACAGCGGUUCCUGGGCCUCAAGACGAUCGUCACGGACAAGCACUUCUACUUCAACGCCACCAAGGGCUUCCCGUGCCUCAAGAAGGCCGAGGGCAGCGGUAGGCCUCACUGCCUAGGCAAGACCAAGGGACGCACGCACCCGCGCGUUGACGCGCGCGUCCUCGUGCGCCUGCGCGACUUCUACCGACCGUUCAACCUCAAGUUCUACCAGAUGGUGGGGGAGGACUUUGGAUGGGAGUAGCUGCGGCGGUGGUGGUAACGGAGCAGAGGAGAAAAUGUAAUUUGGGUGGGUGGGUGAUUGGGUGAGCGAGUGGGUGAUUGGGUGAUCCAGAGGUUGGGUGAGUGAGGGAUUGGGUCAGCGGGUGAGUGGGUGAGUGGGUGAGUGGGUGAGCGGGUGAGCGGGUGAGUGGGUGAGUGGGUGAGCGGGUGAGUGGGUGAGUGAGAGAUUGGGUGAGCGGGUGAGUGGGUGAUUGGAUGAGUGAGCGAGUGUGUGAUUGGGUGAUUGAGACGAUGGGUGAGUGAGAGAUUGGGUGAGCGGGUGAGUGGGUGAUUGGGUGAUCAAGAGGAUGGGUGAGUGGGUGAUUGGAUGAGUGAGCGAGUGGGUGAUUUGGUGAUCGAGAGGAUGGGUGAGUGAGAGAUUGGGUUAGCAGGUGAGUGGGUGAUUGGCUGAGUUAGAGAUUGGGUGAGUAGGUGAUUGGAUGAGUGAGUGAGCAAGUGGGUGAGUGGGUGAUCGAGCUUGGGUAAGUGAGAGACUGGGUGAGUGGGUGAGUUAGUGGAUGGGUGAGUGGGUGAGUGGGUGAUUUGGUGAUCGAGAGGAUGGGUGAGUGAGAGAUUGGGUGAGCAGGCGAGUGGGUGAUUUGGUGAUUGAGAGGAUGGGUGAGUGAGAGAUUGGGUGAGCGGGUGAGUGAGAGACUGGGUGAGCGGGUGAGUGAGAGACUGGGUGAGCGGGUGAGUUAGUGGAUGGGUGAGCGGGUGAGCGGGGCUUUGGGCAGGACACGUCGUGCCCGGCAUGGACGCGUGGCCGAUAUUCGAUGGCCGACUGGAAAAGUUGUGGAGGGGCGCCAGAGGAAUGGAUCGUGACGCCGCCCCCAGCGCUCACCACCCGCCCCCCCAGGCGAAGACGGAGCGGCAAACGUGGCCCCCCACGCGUCACGGAGCCUCUUCUGCUCUCAGAAGAGGCUCCGAUCCAGCAGCGGAUUGACCCUGGCCUACGGCGAGCGGUAGCUCGACAUCGCCGCCUUCACCUGACUCUGGGGUCGUCAGGGACACUUUUAAGUUUGUGUGCCGUGCCCCCCCAACACACACACACACCCCUCCCACCAACCCCCCUCCCACACCCCUCCCAUACCCCACACACCAACCCCCCACCUGCUGCAUGGAGCGCGGAGGCGACUCGAAAGUAGUUCUGGGGUAUCCACUUCCGCGCGAAUUGGGAUUGGGGUGUGGGUGGGUUGGUGGGUGAGUCGGGAUUCAUUGUCCCCUGGCGACCAGACGCUUGGGAUAAACCCGACUUCACGUCCACCCCCCCGGGUCGCUGCUGAGUCACGAAUGUCCAUCUCACGACGAUUCUUCACGGUAAC